AUGAAAGUCAAAACGCUCAGCAGGCUGUCGGAUGCCUAUGUACCUGCAAGAAACACCCAAGAGCUGGCCAUGCCCAGAAACUUGAACCCAGCCCUUCAUCCGUUUGAAAGGGCUAGAGAAUACACUAGAGCUGUUACUGCUACAAAGCUCGAGAGAAUGUUUGCACAGCCAUUUGUGGGCCAGCUAGGUGACGGCCACAGAGACGGAGUGUACUGCCUUGCAAGAAACUACAAAACAACGAACCAAGUUGCCAGUGGCUCUGGCGACGGUGUGGUGAAGUAUUGGAACAUGACACUGAGACAAGAAGCCGUAAGUUUCAGAGCGCACUACGGAAUGGUCACGGGGUUGAGCGUAACACCUAGGAGAGGGUUACUUUCGUGUGGUGACGAUAAGUUCAUCAAAUUAUGGUCCCUUGAGAGCAGUGACUUCCCUGAGGAAACAGACGACUUGGACGUCUUCAAAGGCAGCAAAGGCGACAACGCUUUGCUCAAGACUUUUAACGGUGAACAUGCGUUCAAGGGCUUGGACCAUCAUGCCUCAGAAGACAUGUUUGUCACUGGAGGUGCCAACAUCAACCUUUGGGACAUCAAUAGAAACAACUAUACACUGAACCUCACGUGGGGCGCUGACAAUGUCAACAGUGUCAAAUUUAACCGUACAGAAACAAGCGUGUUGGCCUCUGCAGGGUCAGACAACUCGAUUGUGCUCUACGACAUUCGUACCAAUACCGCAGUGCAGAAAGUUGUCACAGAUAUGAGAGCUAACGCCCUCUCGUGGAACCCAAUGGAGGCGUUCCAUUUUGCAUCGGCCCACGACGACCACAAUUGUUACCUCUGGGACAUGAGGCGUAUGGACUCGUCUCUCAACAUUUACAAAGACCACGUGAGUGCCGUGAUGGACCUUGACUUCUCCCCUACUGGACAGGAGCUUGUUACGGGGUCGUACGACAAGACACUUCGUAUUUACAGAGCUAGAGACGGUCACUCUAGAGAAAUUUACCAUACUAAACGUAUGCAGCGUGUGUUCAGCGUUUGUUUCACCACGGACCUGCGGUACAUCUUGAGUGGUUCCGAUGAUACAAACAUCAGAUUGUGGAGAGCCAACGCGCUGGAGCGUGCUGGCGUCAAGUCCUCAAGAGAGAGAUCGAAGCUCAACUACGACGAGAAGUUGAAGGAACGUUACAAGUACAUGCCUGAGGUGCGCCGGAUUGCUCGCCACCGUCACUUGCCAAAGGUGGUGAAGAAGGCGCAGGAGAUCAAGCGUAUUGAGAUUGAGUCAUUAAAGAGAAGAGAGGAGAAUGACCGCCGCCACUCGAAGGAGGGCUCGAAGCCCCGUGUGGCAGAGAGAAGAAAACAUAUCAGAGGCACUGCCAUCAAGGAGUAA